AUGUCCGACCUGGGUCUGGUGGAAAUCGACUCGCUGGAGGCCCUCGUCAUCGUCGACAAUGAGCUCGAUCCCAUGUCCAGCCCGGCCCCGGACACGGUGCAGGUGUCUGGGCUUAUGCCCAGUCUGGCCACGCAUACCGUAGACCGGGGCGGUGCUCAAAGGGAAUUGAAGAUGGAUCAUAUCUGUUGUUCUGCUCAUGGGUUGUCUAUUCUGGUGACAGCGACCAAAGACAACGUGAAGCAUUCCAUCCUCUUCGAUGCAGGCCCCGAAGAGGAUAUAUGGGAGCGCAAUGCAAGACGGCUACAUCCGGAUCUCUCGUCCGUCGAGCUCAUCCAGCUCUCGCACUGGCAUCGGGAUCAUUCAGGUGGUCUUCUUCGCGCUAUUCGUCUGAUCAACGAGGCAAAAGCAAAAGCAGCCAAAACAACAAACACCAACACCAAUCUUACAGUCGAUCUUCAUCCCGAUCGACCUGAGUAUCGAGGCUUUUGCUUCGGUUGCAAGAUCAUAUCCCUGGAAGCUGACCCGUCGUUCGAGGAGAUCGAACGCGCAGGCGCCGUGGUCGACAGACACGCGGACGCCCACACGGUCCUGGACGAUAUGUUCCUGAUAUCCGGGAUGAUUCCCCGGGUUACCCCGUAUGAGACGGGGCUGAAGGGUGCAGUACGCUAUGACAGCAGCACAAACGACUGGCUUUCCGAUGAGCUGAUUAGGGACGAGCGACUUCUCAUGUGCAAUCUCAAGGGGAAAGGAAUCAUCGUUUUCACAGGCUGCAGCCAUGCAGGCGUUGUCAAUGCUUGCAAGCAUGCUGUCAACUUGCUGCAUGGUUCCGUACCUCUGCAUGCUGUCGUCGGUGGGUACCAUCUAGCUACUGAUGACCAGCAACAUGUGAAAAGAACUGUAGAGGACCUCAAGCGUCUGGAUCCGGCUGUUCUCCUUCCAGGGCAUUGUACCGGCUGGCGGGCUAAGUUUGCCAUAGAGAAUACCAUGCCUGGGACUCUGGUGCCCUGCACCGUGGGCAUUAAAAUCACAUUCUAG